UUCCGACGGAAGACGGGAAUAAGGUAAGCUGCACUUAAGCCCCAAUCUUCUCUGUCGACUGACAUGAUUACUAGUCUCUCUACAUUCGCGGUACUGUUCUCGAUACGAUAACUCAUACGGCCCCGUUCCCGAAGUUCAUGAGCCAGGUCGAGCUACGCCAUACCAACGAGCUACAGGAUAUUUGCAGCUAUCGCGACUGGAUCCUCCGCGUGGGAGCACUGAUGCAACGACCCGAUGAUACUGAUACUAACGGUAUUUACCGACAUACUGGCGAGUCCCAUUACGAAGCUUUCUGGCGCACACUCUGCUGCAACCGCACGUCCUUCAGCGCAUUCGACCCACCUGAAGACGGAAGCGGCUUCGACGCAUACCUCGCUCAUCUUCGCGUUAUAGGAUUGCAACGCGGCUACGGCCACACCAUAAAAAAGGCUUGGUAUCUCGCUAUCGCUACAGCGUUUUCUUCAGCCCUGACCUAUUUCCUACGCAGGAGAAAUUGGUUUUUGCGAUUUGCUGUACCGCUCGCCGUACCCCUCUUGACUCACACGUACAACAUUGCUUGGAGUAGAAGCUGGGCUGUCCUACAAGGGCAGCUACAAUCUCACCAACGAGACUUUGAAUCUAUGCAUAUGCAAUGGAUGCAGGGGCGACAGUUUGGUAUUACGAAACUGGGUUUGAUCGGGUUGGUGCCGAUUGCAGCCAGGGUAGGGGAUAGUGUUGGUUUCUUUGCAGGGUGCAGAAUUCCGUAUGCGUUGAGAAGACGUGGUGAAGGGUACGCUCUCGUCGGUGAUUCGUAUCUACAUGGGGUCAUGAAUGGAGAGGGGGAAGAGAGUGAGACUGAAAUGCUGAGGAUAGUGUGAAAUUCCUUACGCGUUGACGGCGCACACGGGAAGGUCACGGCGGGAUGUCGCGCAAGUUCAUUCGAAAUGUGAUUACAUUACAUUACAUUACUAGAUUA